AUGGUCAUUAGAAAACUCAGAUCAGUAACCAAAAAAGUUGAUGUUUUUGAUUCUUCUUCUCCUCAGAUAUAUGGAUUGCUGAAUGCUUGGGUAUUUUCUCAAGAUAUUGCUGUUACUCGUGCUUUCCAAGCUGUUAAACUACAUUGGUGGAUCACUAAUGUUAACUCUUAUGAGUCUCAUUAUCCUCAUCGAUCUCAUAACAAAUCCGUUAUAAAUGAGUUCAGCAAGCCACGAAAAACAGAUGAUUUUGUUGAAUUACAAACUCUAAACUGCAAUAAUGCUGAUAUCGUUAAAAACGAUGAUGUUGUCAAUGAUGAUAUUAUUACCAAAGAUAUUACUGAUGAUAAUAAUUUGGUUUUACAACCUUCUUUUUUAGAAUGGUUAAGAUACAUACUAUUGAUUAAACUUUUCUCUCCUCCAAAAAAUUCAUCUCAAUUAAUUGCGCUUAUAUUACCGAGCGAUUCUUUUUAUGACAAUGUGUCUAAUACCUCUUCUUCUUCGAUUGGAAAGAAUAAUUCCAAGCAGAGCAUAACUCGUAGCAAUCAAAAUUAUAAUAAAGACAUUCAUUUAGUUCAUCCUGAAUCCGUUCAUUUAAAAGAUCCUUCUCAAUACUCUUCAUUAGAUUCAUCAUCUCAUUUAAAACAGUUAACUUCAUCUGAUUUUUCGAUAGAUGGUUCUGGAAAUAACCAAACUACUAUAAGUAAUAGAGAUAAUACAAUUGCAAUAGAUAUAUCAAGCCAUGAG